AUGGUGGAACGUUUCCAUCGGCAGUUGAAAGCCUCGCUACGGGCCCAUGGCUCCACCCGUUGGACAGACUCCCUGCCGAUCGUCCUCCUCGGCGUACGGUCAGCCCUAAGGUCGGACCUUCAGUGCUCGUCGGCAGAGCUGGUUUACGGCUCCACCCUUCGCUUGCCUGGCGAAUUCUUCCGCACAUCGCCCUCAUCGGUUACCACCAGUGUCCCAGACCUCCAGCAGUUUGCUCAGACGCUCCGCGACACCAUGUGCAAGCUGCGCCCCGUUCCUCCCCGCACACCGCCUGGCUCCCACGUCUUCAUCAGCCAGGACCUGUCUUCGUCCUCCCAUGUGUUAGUGCGGCGUGACGCGGUGCGUAAACCUCUCGACCCCCGCUACGAUGGUCCUUUCAAAGUGGUACAGCGCAGCCAGAAGACUUUCGUUGUUGACAUCAAGGGGCGCCAUGAAGUCAUCGCAGUCGACAGGCUGAAGCCAGCCUACCUCACCGUCGCCUCAGUUUCUGCCGUAACGUUUCCAGCUCCCCCACCCCCACCGGACCCUCAAGCCCUGCCUUCCAUGAACUGCAAGCCGUCCUGUGUCCGCUGGUCACCUAACCUCGUUGCCUUCUGGCACAUCCCAGCUCCCACCGGUCUAAGGGGGGGGGGAGCCAUGUGGUGA